AUGGACGCUACCGAAGUCGAAGCAUCAAAAAUGUACAUUUCGUACAACAACAUCCAUCAGUUGUGUCAAGAGUCUGCUGAUAAGAUCAAGCAAUUCAAACCUGAUUUGAUUAUUGCAAUUGGUGGAGGAGGGUUCAUUCCUGCCAGAAUGUUGCGUACAUUCUUGAAGGAACCCGGUCAACCAAACGUUAGAAUUAUGGCCAUUAUUUUGUCACUUUAUGAAGACGUUGCAACUGUUGGAUCUCAAGCUGAAAACAUUGGCACUCAAGUUGUUAGAACUCAAUGGAUAGAUUACGAACAAGCUGGCGUCAACUUAGUUGGUAAGAACAUUUUAAUCAUCGAUGAAGUAGAUGAUACUAGAACUACUUUACAUUAUGCUGUUUCUGAAUUGAAGAAGGAUGUUGUUGAACAAGCUGCCGCAAAAGGUGCUAAUCCAGAAGAUACCAAAUUCGGUAUCUUUGUUUUACAUGAUAAGCAAAAGGCAAAGAGAGCUGAUUUACCUGAUGAUAUCAUGAAAACUGGUAACUAUUUUGCUGCUCGUAGUGUUCCUGAUGUUUGGAUUGCAUACCCUUGGGAAUCUGAUGACAUUGUAUACCAUACUAAAAGAGCUAUGGAACAAGAUAAUGAUGUUUUCAUUCCUUCUAGCCGUGUUUAG